AAAAAAAAAAAAAAAACCCCAUCAAAUAAAACUAGUUCUUUCUUUAAUGGUUUGUCACGUCGUUUUUGUAUCAUUAUUUCUAAAUCCAAACAUCACAAGAAUCUCUAUCUACUUCAUUUGUUCCCAAAAUUUUAAAUUAUUAAUUAAUUAAAUUCACAAAAAGUGGUGGCUUCUACCUGUUCCAAGGUAAACAAACCCGCACCUUCUUUUGUUUUUACUUUCUUUCCCAUUUCAACGGCUAAAACUAAGUCAGCCAUGGCCAUACGGGUAAGCCUAACUAUUCUCAACCAGUCCUUCUUUCUUCUUUUUUUCGCUUUCUCUCUAUUCCUCCAAAACUCUUCUGCAACUAAUAAUGCAGCUCAAGCUCCAUCACAAACACUCUUCACUGUUAACACCGCAGACAAUAAUGGUACUAACGGCCAUUUCAUGGCGGGUCCUCCUUCUCCGUCGUCAUUGUCUCCACCGCCGCCGAACGAAAAUCCCACAUUUUCCUCUUUCAAGCCAAGCAUAGUUGUCAUCGUCGGCGUUCUCACAACCAUGUUCUCCAUCACCUUCCUCCUCCUUCUCUACGCUAAGCAUUGCAAGAGUGGAAACCUUGUCGUCGUCGUCGGCGUCGGUGGUUAUGGCAGCCAACACCAUCACCCCGCCACCCGUAAUACCGAAUACCUCUCCGUGGUGGACCGAAAAAACUCCGGUAUUGACAGGGCCAUUGUGGAGUCUCUACCUGUUUUCCGAUUUGGAUCUCUAUUGGGCCAAAAAGACGGGCUCGAGUGCGCCAUUUGCCUCAACCGAUUCGAAUGCUCGGAGGUCCUUAGACUCCUCCCAAAGUGCAAGCAUGCCUUCCAUGUCGAAUGUGUUGACACGUGGCUGGACGCACACUCCACUUGCCCCCUCUGUCGUUAUCGGGUAGACCCGGAAGACAUACUUUUGGUCCUAGAUGAUACGAAGAUCCUGUCCCAGAACGACGCUGUUUCGGUGACUGAAACGCGAGUUUCAGAUCCCUACAACGCUGAAGAAUCGGGUCCGGAUAUCCGGCGAGUAUCGGGUCGCCACUCGUCAGCUGGGGAAAGAGGGAGUAAUUGGAUGAUUCAAAUAGUGGUUCAAAAGCCGGAAGAGAACACAUGUUGUAAUGAAACGACGUCGUUCAGGAGGUCGCUCGAUGAUUGGUGGUGGUUGAGAAAGAAAAGGGAUCCAUCUGUCAGCACAGUCGGAUGGUUUGACCGGCCAAGAAAAGACGGGCUUUUGUUGACCACGCAAGGCAAGAAGAUAAUAAGCUCGGAGCAGGAGCAGCAACAGCAACGCACGAGUAGGUUCGAACACCGGAUCAUUGUAUCUCCCGGAUGUGGCGGUGGGCUCCACCAGAGAUGGAGCGAUGUACAGCCGUCGAAGCUACUGUAUCUACGGUCAGAGAUGAUAAUUAGCGACAGCCGUAGAUUCUCAUCCGCAUCGGGAUCACGCCCGUCAGUGACACGUCAGCAUCUGUUGCAUCAGAAUAGCCAGGUGGCAUUGCACUUGGACUGUAAAGACGGAAAAGGACAAGAGGUGGAGAGAGGUGGAGAGAAGAUUGGCAUUGAUUGUAACAGGUUGUUAAGUAGUAAUAGUAAUAGUAAUAGCAGCAGUAGUUGUUGUAGUAAUGGCAGAAGAGUAAUAAAUUCACGAAGCGUGUCUGAAAUCACGGGCCUUAGUAGGUACUCAUUAAACGACAUCAGUAGAACCUCAAACGACAGCCACAACCAGGGACAUCAAACGAGGCGUCAUCAUCAACGGCAGGCAGCAGCUCAGGCGGGGCUGAUGUCGAGAUGGGUGGCUUGGAUUUCUCAGUUGCGGCCAGCUGUUGGGUCUGAAUGCAACGCUCAUUUGUGAAUGGUGAUUGAUUGGUUGGUAGGUAGGUAGUAUUGUUAUAGGAGAUAGUAAGAGAGAAAAAGAGGGUGUGGUGUGGUGUGCUAUUGGGCCAGCACAACGACGACGUUUCUGAAUCAUUAUUAAAUGGCAUUAGCCGCAUUACCAAUUUUACCAUACGUACGCCAGACAAAACCACGUUAUAAUUAUUGAGAAACAAGGAAACAAUGUCCCAAGAAAACCACGUGGAGAGAAGAAGGGAUAAUAUAAUACAGAUAGACUAGACUCAUUUAUUUAUUUAUUUGUCAUUUUCUGGGUCACAUCUUAUAGAGUCUACUCUGGACUUUAAUUGCUAACAAUCCUGGGGAUUUUUCUUUGUGCCAUAAGGGAAACUAUAAUUUUUUGAAAGAAAAAAUUUAUUGUAAACAAAAUUAGAUUGCUUUAGGAUUCCAUCAAUGAGGAUUUAUUUAUUUAUU